CCUGAGUUUGCAGUUGAGUGCACCAGGGCAGCGCGGCCGUCUUAUAUAACUUUAAUACACUCACGAGUUUAAUUGGCGCAGCAGCGGACUUAUGCGCGGCAGAUUUGUCUUUUCAGUGCGGAUUUAUCGUGAAAAUUUCGAGUGACAUUUUUGUCGAUCACUUUUUUCUUCCGCUGGAGACGUGCGUUAAAAGUUACCGACUGAUCGGCGCUCACGGUGGAACACGGCAACCCCAGCUAUUCCAGCGACGGUGUUGUCUUAAGUGAGAAAUUAGUUGAUAAUUCGGACGAUGUUUUUCAACCAAACGGGGGGAGAAGCAGCAACACAUCCAGCUGACGUUUCACCACGCAUCGUCAUCGCAAGGAAGGGGUUUUAUUUGAGUGCUUGACUGUUAGGACAUUGCGUUAUUUCUCCUAUUUUUUUCUAACUUGGACCGACAGGAGAUGACCUAACCGGUGCAUCGCAUCCCUUUUUCACCACAGGAUAAAGCAAUGGAUCAGGGUGGACUGAAGCGCAACGGUAAUCGAGACGACAGCCUGACAUUUGGGGAGACAGGAGUAGGAAUAAGCAGAGGCACAGGUGACACGGCUGGUUCACUGCUCCACUCUUCUAUUCACCUCCCCGGCUCAGGAUCCCUGCCCCAGUCCUCAGUCGCCCCCAACCUCCAAGGAGGAACCAAAGACCAGGGUGAUCUUGGAGGCCUCUUUGAACCCCUGCAGCGUCAUAUCCUGGGUGAAGGGCCAGACAUGAAGGAGGGUAAAAUGAUCAGAAUGCAGAAGCAUCAGCACCAACAGGAUAUCGGCAUAUUCAACAUGGAGGAUGACUUGUCGUUUUUGAAACAGAGCAUUUCUGAUCUUGACCGGACGCCCACCUCUGUCAUCAACACCUCGGACACCUCUGUUUUGGGAAACCUCCCUCUGCCUGACCUUUUCCCCUCACACAUCAAACAGGAGAGGAAUUUUUCUCCAGAUAAAGACUUGGAAAGUUACGGCGGACCUACGAGUGCUGGUCCGUGCGAUUUGGAUGGCAACAGCAGUCGCCCAAUUGAGGAUACCGAGAUUUGGCAAGACCUGGUCCUUCCUAGCUCUCUGUCAGAAAUCAAUGAUUUUGAUUUUGAGGUGGCACACUUGGAUACCAUCCCUCAUGACUGCAGGGCUGGUGGCGGUCCUGUCAGCGGCUUUCUAAAGGAAACAAAGCCUCUCAUGGGAAACGGAGUUAACUGCACCAAUGUGAAUGGCACAGACCAGCAGCACCACCCAAUGCACCAUCAUCACCAGCAGCAGCAACACCACCAACUUCUACAGCACCAGCAACAACAGCUUCACCUUCCACAGCAACCGCUUCUUUCAAGCGUCAUGAUCAAGGAAGAGAAAAAUCUGGAUGACUCUUUCAUCCACAACCGCACUCCUGGUGUGGUCAAACAGGAGAAGCAGGACGGCGCAGGUUACGUUCAGUCGCAGUGCCUCCAGAGCAGCAUGAGUUCCCUUCAUGGAGGAGGCCCCAUGUCCUCGUCUAUGGGUGUCGGAGCAGGACCUGGCUACCACUACAGAGCCAGUGUGUCCUCCACUGUGGGUCUACAAGAUCAGAAGCCGUUUGGCACCUACUCUAACCUGCCUCUGGUUGGGGAGAGCUGGGCCAGAGGUGGCAGGUAUGGAGAGUCAUCUGGGAUACAGAGAGGUGAUGAUGGGCUCCCCUCUGCCACAAGCAUGCCAACUUUUUCUAUCUCCAGCUUCACCAGCUCAACACAAAGAGCAGCAGAGACCAGCAGCUCUAACACCUCUACCCAAUCCAAGCCCGGCGGUCAGACACACAAGAUCUGUUUGGUGUGUUCAGACGAGGCCUCAGGAUGCCACUACGGGGUCGUGACCUGUGGCAGCUGCAAAGUGUUCUUCAAGAGAGCCGUCGAAGGAUGGAGAGCACGACAAAACACAGAUGGUCAGCACAACUACCUGUGUGCAGGGAGAAAUGACUGCAUCAUUGAUAAGAUCCGGAGGAAGAACUGUCCUGCCUGCCGCUUCAGGAAAUGUCUUCAAGCCGGAAUGAACUUGGAAGCGAGGAAAAACAAGAAACUAAACAAGAUUAAAGUGCAACGACCUCCUGGAUCGUCAGAGCCUCUCAACAACAUGCCUGUUCCAGUCAUCCCCAGGUGCAUGCCUCAACUCGUGCCCACCAUGCUGUCAGUGCUUAAGGCUAUUGAACCAGAGAUUCUCUACUCGGGAUAUGACAGCACUCUGCCUGACACCUCCUCGCGGCUCAUGACCACUCUGAACAGACUUGGAGGACAGCAGGUCAUCUCUGCAGUCAAGUGGGCAAAGUCCCUGCCAGGCUUCCGUAACCUGCACCUGGAUGAUCAGAUGACUUUGCUGCAGUGCUCCUGGCUCUUCCUCAUGUCCUUCAGUCUCGGUUGGAGGUCAUAUGAGCAGUGUAACGGCAGCAUGCUCUGCUUCGCCCCUGAUCUCGUCAUCAACAAAGAGCGGAUGAAGCUGCCCUUCAUGACCGACCAGUGCGAGCAGAUGCUGAAGAUCUGUAAUGAGUUUGUCAGAUUGCAGGUGUCCUAUGAUGAGUACCUGUGCAUGAAGGUCCUGUUACUGCUCAGCACAGUACCAAAAGAUGGUCUGAAAAGCCAGCCAGUGUUUGAUGAGAUCCGGAUGACAUACAUCAAGGAGCUGGGGAAAGCCAUUGUGAAGAGAGAGGAGAACACUAGUCAGAACUGGCAGCGCUUUUACCAGCUAACUAAGCUACUGGACUCCAUGCAGGAGAUGGUUGAGGGUCUUCUCCAGAUCUGUUUCUACACCUUUGUGAAUAAAACCCUCAGUGUGGAAUUCCCAGAGAUGCUGGCAGAGAUCAUCAGCAACCAGAUACCAAAAUUCAAAGAUGGGAGCGUCAAGCCUCUGCUGUUUCAUCAGAAAUGACUGCCUUAAACUGUGAAGCAAUGCCUUAAAUUGUGCCCUGCCCAUGUACCUCUCUGGGGCCCUGAGUUUUUUUGCCCCUGAGCCUUUGCUAGUCCUGCCUCCCCCCAUCACUCUGAUUCUGUACCUCCAGCUUUCCUAGGCCCUCUCUAGGAAUUCUGCCAUCCCUCCAGCCAUUCAGUCUGAUUUUGGAGCACAAUACCUGCCAUCUAAGGCCUCCUAAUCCUGUCCCAGGUCUGGCUAAACUAUGCUAGGACACCCUUUAGCUGACCUAAAGCCCUUCUUCUUGACCAACAAGGAAGAAUUUUUGUCCUCCAGCAGAAACAUAUAAGCUGGGAUGUUGGCAUGAGGCCCCUCACAACCCCACGCCCCCCUCCGUCCACAGCCCCUGUCCUCAUGACUCUGAUGCAGUUUCUUUGGUGGCUGCCUGCCUCUUUUCUCUCUCCUGCCACCAGUGUGUAAUUUUUGAUAUCACUGACAAGCCAACACCUAGAAACACUUUCCCUCCCUCAACAUGAAUCCCACCCUGCUGUCCUCCUUGCCUGUUGAAGCUCCCCCCAAGUUCAGUCUCACCACUCCACUGCUCACCUGGCUAGCCCACCUGUGUUUGCCCCUCACAGCUCUUCUCCUCUCACAGAAUGUAGAGUUUCGACAGUGACGGAUAUAAACAGAAAAAUCAGAACUUACUCUGACACUGGAGAGUCUUUUCGUUUUUUCAUUCGCACCCAAGGAAUCAAGGAUGAACCAUUUUCACCAGUGAGUUAGUUAUCUUCUUUGAAUGACAGAUAGGAUCCGAUUUAGAUAUCUGACCAAUGGUAGAAAAAACAGCAAGAGGAACAUUAUUUUUUUUUUUUAUUUCAUGCAUUUCUGAACACACACUUAUACUAACAUAGGAAAUGUAUGCGGACACGCAUUCACUCAGCGAAAUGUUUACACAGGAUGUAUCUGAGAAGGGAAAAACAGUGCCUUUUAGCUCUUAAAGCCAUCCUAUAUAAUCCUGUGUUGUUUUGCAAAAUGUUCUACCCUUAGCAUCCUUCUGCAUAUUUUACUUGCUUUAGUCUUUUUUUCUCUCUGGCAAUUUCUGUUUUUUCUCCAAGCAGCCGUUUAGGUGUUUCUAAUGUGGGCAGCUCUUUCUCUUCAGAACUUUAGGAAAAUUUGGUACAAAUAGGAAAUACGUACAUCAGUAUACAACAGUAAAAUCUUGAUUAUGAGGUUUGAGUCUUAAAGAUUGAAAAUCACAUAUAAAAAAUAGAUACUUUUAUGUCCCAAAACACAUUUCAUGUGUUGCCCUUUUUUCCCAUGGAAACUAAAUUUGAUGGUUGUACUGUAUUUUUCUAAUCAGUAUUAAAUAAUUUAAGACUAUCCAGAUUGUUAUAAUAUAAAGUAAAAUUUUAAUAUAAAAUAUACCUUUUAUCUUUGAAGCUUUGAAGAAGCUGCAUCCAGCUUUGUACUAAAUGGACACCACUGGAAUCCAUACAAGGCUGACUAAUGUUGUGUAACAUGUAUCAUUAUCCAGUCUGAAUAAUCAUUGAGUUUUUAAUUGGAGUGACAUUUGUCAACAAACUUUUGCAAUUUAUUGAUAGGCAGUCCUAUAAUUGCAACCUUCUGGCUGCAUGUUUCAGUUCAGUCAUUGUUUUCAUUCAACUUCACUUUCAAAUUAGUUAACUGAAGCUCCACUGGAGCGACUUAGGCCCAAUAGGACUGGAAAAUAUCUUAAUGGAACCUUAAGGCUGGAUCAGACUAUAUGAAUUAUCAGGUUUUGUCCUAAUUGCACCUUUGCAGCCCAUCGUCAAACACUGGAUCGCUCUUAUAGUAUGAGAUAAACAGCAAAUGUCAAGGAUGCCCCAUGACAACAAUUUGACAAGAGUGGCAUGUUAAAAUGUUUUUGCAUCCUCUGUUUAGUUUGACACCCUGGCCUGACAUCAGCACUGUGUGUCCUGUGUCUACCAAUUGGUUAGCAUUUUCUCUCUAUUUUUGUAUCAUCUUCUUCCAGAGGGACCUUGUACAAUUCCUCAAACUCAAACUUUUUUUCCCUUCUGUUUACAGCUAAGCUAGUAAACCUAGCUAAGGCUAUGUUAUGGUAAGUGGCUUUUUUCACAACAGCAGAAUUGUAUGAUAAAAAAAUAAAAAAAAUUCUUGAGGGGAUAAAUCUAAAUUUAGCACACCAUAAAUGGGAACCCAAAGAGGGUUAGGGUUAGGCACCAGAACCCUAAUGAUUAGGGGUUAGUAAGUUAGUAAGUCACUUCCUGCUCCACGGUCAAGGGCGCCCCAGUGUAGAAGUCUGCAACAGAUGAAACCAAAACGCCCCACCAUAGAGGUCUGCAGCCAGAUGCCUCUCUUUUUGUUGACAUGUUAUCACAUUGCUACCCCAAGUUCAGUUUGGGCCCACUCACAAAAACUGCGAAAUUCAAAUUUUUAAAAAUGCCUCUGAUCAAAAUGCAGCUGCCUGGCUCUGGCCAGAGCAGACACAGAAGUAGGGGAUUACAGUUGCUGUCUUCUGGUACAAAUCUCUCUAUUAUGAUACUUUUAAUGACCUGUAGGCCACUGUGGCUGAUAGAUUUAGGAAAUUUACUUCACAGUGAACAAAAACACAGCAUGUAGCUGACUGCCAUGUUUUAAUGAAGACAGUAAUAUCAGCUAACAAUAGCCAGUACUGAGUUGAACUGCUCAGUAAAUUUUAUGUGAUUUUUGUGUGGGGCGGUGGGGUAAUUCCCCAUCAAGACCGAUGAUGUCAUGGGCUCCUAUUUUUGCCCUUCCUACUUUCUAAAGGUCUAAAUUAAUAAUUUAGUCACAUAGAUCUCAGUUUAUUCACAUGUUUACAGCAACCUUAUUCCAACAUAUCUAGGGUUAAGACUCAAAGUUUGGAUUUCAUUUUACAAAGGCUAUGAAGACAGCAUACAAUGAUUAAUCAGGAUUGCGCGUUGUGUUGCCAGUCUGUCAACUGAAGCAGGACAAGAUUUUUGUAGCAUAGUUUGACAUGGUGCCAUCUCAAAAGACUAAAAAGAUAUAGUCUGAUCCAGGCUGAGCAGGAGUACUGGAUUUCUGGUUAAAGUGACAGAAUGAUUAUUUAGAAGCUCUAAAUAGUCAAGAAUGUAUCAACCAAAUCAAAACAACUCUUUAGCCAACAUCCCAACAGGACUCCUAAAAAAUAUAUUUAAAAAAGAAACAUAUUUUUAGUCACCUGUCAGUGAAUGAACGUCAUUCCAGAUUAAAUCCAUCCUUAAAUCAGGUUUAUCUCAAAAGUAUUUGCACAAAUGGAGACUGAGGUAUUUAUUCUGUUGACCAGCCCAGCAUGGCUAUAAAGAUAAUUAAACAGAAAUAUAUUUAUUUUGUAUAUGAGAUGUAAAAUAGAAACACCCAAAAUCGGUGGAACCUCUGUUCCCAGCACAGGAUUUCAUCUCUAAAGACAAAGUAUUUUAUUUUAUUUUUCUUGAAUUAAGAUGCAGUUUGGUCCGUAUGAUUUGUGAAUCAAAGCUCAGGCUGUGAGUGAUGACAUCACCUCGAUGUGAUCCACCAGUGCCAAAUGUAUUGGAGAGAUUUUAUGAGACAGUCAUGAUCAGAUGGAAAUCAAUAUUUGUUUUUGUAACUGUGCUUAACAGUGCUCUUUUGUUUCAGUUUCACACAGACACCAGCUUAAACAUACUGAUUGUUAUUAUCCGAGAAAGUGUAUGAUAGACUUUUUAUGAAGAUGCACAAACAUGUUGUAUUUUAAAGAUUGCAAAGUAAGCAGAAAUACCUGCUGCUGUCAAACAGGUGGUGGUCAACACUUGGUACAUAUGUACCAGUUUAAGUGACGGCCAAAAUGAAACACUGACAGCACAGUUGUACAAACACAAUCCUCCUCUCUCUCUCUCUAAGCAGAUGUGGUCCUAUUUUCCUCAGUGUUUCUUGUAACUGCCUCUAUGCCUAAAAUGUCGACCUUCUACAUUCUCAGCUGUUUUCUUCUGAAUGGUACUCAUCCCUCCACGCAUAAUUCCAAAUUGCAGUUAGCAGAGCAGGUAGCAGGUUGCCAUGGAGACAGCUCAUUUGUGUGUUACUUACAGCAAACAGCACAGCAGGCUCUGGACACAUACGAGCCACUAUUCAAUAAGAGCCAUCAUGCUAUUAAUCAGCCAUUCUGCCAAAAGAGGGUCCUGUACAGUCAGUGCAGGCUUUCAGCUUU